UAGGUCAGGAGUAGCGGGGACGCCAUGUGCUUUUGAGGCAGAGGAGCUGUUGGAAGGAGACGUGUAUGUGACAAACUUGGUCGCUUUCUUAGAGAGAGGAUAACCGGCUCCAUUUACUGUUAGCAUGUUCUGCACCAGACGCUGCCUCCGCUCCGCGCUGCGGGCCGCAACCAGCACGCACCGGCAACAGCUUCAGUGGCAGAGACCAGCCUUGUGUGCGCUUAGGCUUCUGAAAACCAGUCCAGCCUCUCCUUCAGAUGCCAUCGCCACCCCUCCUCUAGACGGCGCACCCAAACAGUAUUCCCCCAAAAUCCAGCAGCUUGUCAAUGACAUAGCCAGCCUCACGUUGUUAGAGGUGUCCGACCUCAACGAGCUCCUCAAGAAAACUCUGAACAUUGAGAAUGUUGGAAUGAUGCCUUUGGGGGCGAUGCCAACAUUAGCUGUACCUGCAGCUGAGGCUGCAGAGGAGGAUGCAGCACCAGCAAAGAAAGAGAAGACUCACUUCACAGUAAAAUUGACAGAAUCAAAAGCAGCCGAAAAAGUAAAGCUUAUAAAGGAAGUGAAGAACUGCAUCCAGGGCUUGAAUCUGGUGCAGGCUAAGAAAUUAGUGGAGUCUCUUCCACAGGAAAUCCGGGCCAACGUAUCCAAAGAAGAGGCAGAGAAACUAAAAGCAGCCCUGGAGGCAGCAGGUGGCACCGUGGUGUUGGAGUAGAUCUCGUCUGCCACCAUUUUGCUACUCGUGCACUUCACCUUUUAGUUUCUUUCUUUUUUUUUUUUUUUUUUUUCUUUUGUACGACAAACACGUGGAUCCUAAGAGAAAUGGAAACAAAUGCCUUCUGACAUUAACACUGUCCCCUUACAACGUCAGGUGGGGCAGUACAGCUGAGACUGAACUUUCAGGCAUACAGCCUGCACAAACGGCUGCUGCACCGUUUGGUGGUUCAUUUGUCUUAUGUGCUUGUCUGAUACACGUGUCACAAACAAGCUAAAGAAAUACUGGCCUGGGUGCUGAGUAGAGCCUUAUUCAGACACAGCUAGAGUAACGUUGCAGUUAUGGCAUUCUGUCACUCAGACAUAGAUCAUAUUUGUAUUAAUGUUUUUCUGGUUUCCUUCUGACGUACCAACAACAGUGACUCAGAGAGCCCCACAGAAGUAGUGUAAGUGCUAACUGUAGGCAGGUGUAUCCACAUUCUUGAACAUCUUUGUCAUUGUGACUAAGAGCUGUAUGAACUGCUGAGGGAACUGCGUCCUGCCCCCCUCACACAUGCCCUAUAUAGGAUCUCUACUGUAUUAGGAGGAACGUUUUAAUGUUUUACUCUUAUUCCAAAUUAAAAACAGUAAAAAUGUUUUUGCUUUUUUUUUUUUUUUUUUUUUGCAUUCUGUUGUGAGCUGAGAAACUCACAAAGAUGCGGACACAGUUAGUUGCUGUGCUGAAAUUUAUUGCGUCCAACUUCCAGAAGAGCGACCGAGAUGCUAAUAGACACGAAGCCGUUAACACGCUGAGGUGCCGUCAGAUUAAUGGAAAGGAGUGCAUGUCUGGAAGAGGCUGGACCCAGUUUGUAAUUCUGUUUUUAAUGUUUGAACUUCUCAUAAGAUGAAAUCUUGUGGUUUCCAGGCUGAUACAGAUUACUGAUGUUAAGGAACACCAGAUACUGUGUGUAGUUCAGGAAUGGCAGAGCUCAGUCCACAUCUAUCAUCAAAAUGUUAAAAAUGUGAUUAAAGUUGAAAAAAAGUUUGCUCUUUUGUGUUCUUAUU